AUGUCUGGCUCCACAAUUCACGACCCCAAGGACAAGCAGCUGGCACUGGAUUUUGCCUACAUGUAUGGCUACCCUCUAAUCGAAUACGGAAAGUUUGUAGCUCAAAUGCCAAACCCCACUACAAACAAGCUGAGCCAUGGCCGACGACUAUCGACAUCUAAAGAUCGUCAAGUGAUAAGGCCUAACUCUGAUACGCUUUAUACAACUAUUUUCAUGGAUAUUUCGUCGCAUGAUAUUCAAAUUGAGAUCCCCAAGAUUGAAGAACGCUAUUGGUGCUAUUCAUUUUAUGACAUGUAUGGUAACGAUAUUGCCAACAUUAGUAGCCUUCAGGGCCAUCGCCCAGGAAAGUGGUUGAUCCGCUUCUCUGAUACAGAAUUCGGUCUUCACAUUGGUUUGCCAUUGGGAGCGGACUACGAAGGAUACGCCAAUCUCCCCACACCGUACGGCAUAUCCAUCGCGCGUUUCGCAACGGACCAGUCAAUCUCAGACCAAAGUCUUGUGAACAAAUAUCAGAACCAGAUUCGACUCGUUUGUAUUCCACGAACUAAGUCUGUUGCGCCUCCCUUCCAGCUAUCUAUUUUCACGGCCCCUGAAAACAGUGCUUCUGAAGAAGUCUCUGUUGCCGACGCCGUGAUGCGCCUGACUGCUAAGCUUGCGCCACAUAAUCUGUCUCCGAUACUAGAGGACAGAAAGUGGAUUUCUCUCGCUCUAAAGCGAAGUGGCAUGGAGAACGGUGUCUUCAAUUGUUUUAACGGAGCUGAUAUCUCACAUGUGUGUGACACCGCUGAAAAGAAAGCCCAGGCUCUUCUCGAUGCAGCUGGAGGUAGCCUCAACCAUGGAAAUGGCUGGAGCUCUGCGUAUCCCGAGUAUCUUGGAAACUUUGGCUCACACUAUGCGGCAAGGUAUUCAAUUGCCAAGCGGGGCUACCUGGCUUUGACGAGUGAUCAGGCCAUCUACCCAUCGCUCUCUCGGGCUCUGAAACUCAAGCCAGACGAGGCAGUUUUGCUACGAUUUUCUCGGAAACCGGUUCUAGUAAAGACAGGAUUCUGGAGUCUGACAGCAUAUGAUGCUGAGCAAUAUCUUGUUCCCAAUGAUAUCAAUCGGUAUUGUCUUGGAGACCGUGAUAACAUGACAUUUCCGGACGGAACUUCACUAAGUGAAAAAGGCAAGGAUGGCGAGUUUUUUAUUUUGAUGCAGCCUGCAGACAUUAAGCCGCCAAAUAAAUGGAGAAAUAAUUGGUUGCCGUCCCCGGCGGGAGGGGGGAAGAUGUCGAUCACGCUGAGGUGGUAUGGUGCUAAGAAGGAGAUGAUGACCAAGGCUUACGAGUACCCUCGUUUGGAGUUUAUGAAGGCCAUUCCUGGGCCAACGAAAUCGAUGUUGUAA